GCUGUUAUUACGCGUCGAACUUGCAGAGCGAACGGACGUGUUUGUGCGUGGGCGCCUCGAACGAAAAAAAAAUCGAAAUCAAAACGCAACUAAAAGAAUUUAAUAAUAGUCCAAACACAACAAACAUCGAGUAUGCGUGCGUGAGUGUGUGUCAAAGUGCAGUGUGACGCCGCUUUAUAGCAAUAAAUAAUUGCGAGCGCAAAAUCAAAAAAGAAAGUGCCAAAAACAAAAAAAGAAAAGUAAACGCACAGCGAUUUGUUAUUGCUAGAAAUUUGUUGUGCGUUCACCCGUUGUGUGCAAGUGUGUGUGUGCCUGUGUUCUGUUGUUGCUGUAUCGGCGCGCGAGGCGCUGCUUAUGCAAAUGUGCUGCGCUGCGCUGCGUCCUCACACAGCGGUGGCCCAUAGAAAUAGCAAUUGCUGUUGCGCCUGCAAGUUUUAUGAAUGAGUCAAGGGACGGGGCACAGCCGCACAGCCGUGAACAGCAACAGCAGCUGAAGUAGGAGGAGGAGGAGGAGGAGCAGGAGGAGCGAGAGCAGCAGCACUCAUCCAAGCUUAACCACAUUGCAUCCACACUUGCUACAAAAUGGCCUUCAGCUACGCUUGUCUGGUGCUGCAGCGAGUGGUCGUGCCGGCUGUCCUGGUAUUGGCAUCGCUGAUGCGACCAGUGGGCAUCUCGUUCGUGUACCUGUUAAUGUUCUUCAUCUCGCCCUUCAUACCGCUGGCGACGCGGCGCAACUUUAAGGGCUCUGUGACGGCGUUCUUUAUUAUCCUGCUCUCCUUGAGCGCCUUCGUGCUGCUGGGUCAUAUUGCGCUUCAGGUGGCUGCCGUCAGCGUCUCGCUGCCCAUCUACAACUGCUCGUUCAGCCAGCGACUGCUGCGGCACAUUGGCUUCAUGAGCUUCGUGGACUUGAGACCCAUGGCCAUAAUUGAAUGGCUGGCACCCGAGGUCCUGGUGUUUGCCACGGCCUUGGCCUGUUUCCUCAGCGUCAAGCGCCUGGCCAACCAAACCUUCAGCGCCGAGCAGCUGGAGAAUGGCGAGCUGCCUGAAGCCCAGUCGGAGCCGUCCGUCGCUGGCCACGAUUCUAAUGGCACCGAUGUGCAACAGGCAACGGCCACAACGCCGCUGCAACAAAGCCAGCAGCAGCUGCGCAAACGCGUCUCCAUGAUCAGCCAGCACAUACACUUCGAGGGCUUGAUAAAGAUAUCACCUCUGUUCUGUUUGGCCACAUUGUUCUUUGCGGCCGCACUGCGUCCAUCGGUGCCAGGUGGAUUUUAUUUUCUAAUAUUUUUGCUGUCGGGCACUUAUUGGGCAACCUGCCAGACGCUGCAACGUGGCUUUGCUUUGUUGCUGCGCUGCGUCAUGGUCGUCCUUGUGCUGCAUUCGCUGUGCCUUGUCUCCUAUCAAACGCCCUGGAUGCAAAGUCAUCUCAAUCACACGAGCCUCACAGCACGUCUGAUUGGUCUGGAGCCGCUCAUCGAGUCGUAUUGCUCGCCAGAUAUACGCGUUCUGCUCUACAAUAACACUUUGACCUUGGACUCGUAUCUGAAUCCGUUCGCCUUGUUCUUCGCCUACUUUGCCCUGGCGCUGACCACAAAACAUCUCAUCAAGCCGAGGCUGGUUCGUCAGAGCACGCGCAAGUCACGCGCUACCCAGGCCGUGGAUGCGAGUGGUGCAGCUGCAACAGCCUCGACUGCAACACGUGGCAACGACAUACAGUUGGAUCAGCUGGAGCGUCGCUCGGAUCACGAGAAUACCAAUACCUCGAUACUCGAUCAGAUUUCCUACGGUUUCGUCAGCGUGGGCGGCUUUAUCUAUCAGAACAGCUAUAUAUUCACAAAUAUACUGAUGAUGGCCUGGUCCAUUGUCUACCACAGCUGGCUGACCUUCGUGCUGCUGCUCUGGGCGAAUGUGCUCUGGAUGAUACCGAAUCAGCGCAAAGCCAUGAUGCGCUCGAGUCCUUUCAUAGUGCUCUAUGCGGAGCUGCUGCUGGUCGCCCAGUAUAUCUAUGGCAUGGAUCUGAACAACAAUGAGCUACCUACCAAGGUCUCAACGGCGGGCAUUAAUCUGCAGCAAAUCGGCUUCGAGCGACCCAUUGAGAAUCACAUGCGCCCCUGCGUGCCGCUGAUUGUCAAAACUGCCUUCGUGCUCAUGUUCUGGGUGACGUCGCGCCAGUUCUUCAAGGAGAAGCGGGACAGGAGGCGUGACAGCACCUUGGCUGAUAUCAUAGCGCCGCUGCAAAUAACUGUCGGCUCGGCGGGCUCCACCUACCUCAUCAACGAUGGCAAGAAGACGUCAAAGUUCCUAAAGAAAGCCGGCGAUGUGAUUAAGAAUUUACUAGUCCGUCUCUGGAUCUGGCUGCUCGUCCUAGUCAUCUUUCUGUGCGCCAUCACGGGCGAGGAUAUGACCGGCUUUCGCAUCUGCUACAUGGCACUGUUCCUAUUCUUCUUGCUCGUCUUUCAAUCGUCGUCCAAGGCAUGGGUCAAGAUCAUGUACGGCUUCUGGCUGUUCCUCAUCUUCUAUGCCAUGUCCAUCCUGAUAUUGAUCUAUACAUAUCAAUUCGACAAGUUCAACAUCUACUGGAAGGAGUACCUCAAUGUGUCCGAAACGCUCCAAGCUGAUAUUGGCUUGAAGCUCUACAAGACUAAGGAUCUGUUUUUGCACCUCGUCUCGCCCACGAUAAUUGUCAUUUUGACUGUCAUUCAGGUGCAUUACUUCCACAAGCGUUUCAUUGCCUCGCUGCAGCAGCAGCAGCCCACAGCAGCCGGAGCCCAGGGCGCUCUACAGGCGCCCAAGCAAACGGAGCCCGGUACCGCGGAGACAGCGCCAUCGAAGCGUCGCGGCAGCGCCAGUUCUUUGCGUCGUUCCGUUGGCCACACAGCGGAGGGCGUAACGGGCGUGGCCGCCACAACAGACUUCGAGACAUCUGUGCGAGAUCUGGUGCGCAUCUCGUUCCGCAAAAUCAAGAACAAAUCGGAAUACAUAUUCAAGCGCUUCAAGACCGUCUUCUGGCGCUUCCUCGAGCUGCACAUCAUGAAGGCCGUCUACAUAGCCGCCUUCGUGUGCAGCGUGAGCGAGGUCUGUGUGCUGCACAUCAUCUUUGUGGGCUUCUGUGUGCUGGGCGCGACGUCGAGGAAGUCGGUGCAGGUGGUGGUCAGUCGACUGAUUAGCUUCAUAGUGACCAUCAUAGUGCUCUCCAAGAUGAUCUAUCAGAUUGAGUACCUGGAUCAUACGCAAUAUAAUGUCAGCUGCUCCGACAAUCGCACUGCUAACAAUGCCGAGUGGGUGGGCCUCACCAAGGCGAGCAAGGUGGAGGGCGGCCUGAUGAGCCUGCUGCGCACCUACAUCAUCUACAUGGUGAUCGUCACCAUGCACGCGGUCAUCUCGCUGCGCCAGCUGCAGAUGCGCGUCAAGAUUGGCGAGAACGUGGCCAAUCAGCCGAAGCUGCUCUUCCAGAACAUCACACGCGCCGAUGCGGAGCAGGAUUUGGUUGGCCUAGUCAAGUAUCUGCUUAACUUUGGCUUCUACAAGUUCGGCAUGGAGAUCUCGCUGAUUGCGCUCGUGUCGACAAUCACCUAUCGGCAGGACAUUGUGGCAGUGGUCUAUGCCCUCUGGCUGGUGGUGCUGCUGCUGCUCAAGCGCUCGCAGUGCGCCAAAGUGUGGGGCGUGUUCCAGUGCUUCUUUGCCAUCUCCAUACUGUUGCAGUAUAUAGUGCUGGUGGGCUUGCCACCAAGCAUGUGCAUGGUUUAUCCCUGGGACGAGGGCUCCUUUGGCGAGAGCAUUCAGCGCUGGACCAUGCUGCCCGGCGCACUGCACUUCAAUCACGUGCCCAAGCUCAUCUUCGACUUCAUCGUGCUCAUCAUUCUGAAUCGCCAGAAGAGCAUCUUCUGCAUCGAGCAGCGCUACGCCACCAACGACGACUAUCCGGGUGGCAGCAAUCGCAGCGUCAUUGGCGACAUCGCCCAGCUGGGGCGCGUGCCCUUCGACAAUCCCACGCAUGACUUCUGCUCGUAUAUACGGAACUAUGCGGAUAUACUGAAGAAUGGCGUGCUCUGCGGCUUCUAUUGGUUCACCUUGGCGGUCGUCUUUCUGGCCGGCACAAAUAUUGCCGAUCUGCUGGCCCUUGGCUACCUGAUUGGCGCCUUCAUCUUCCUCUGGCAGGGCUCCGAUUUCUAUUUGCGUCCCAUCAACACGAUCAUCAGUCGCUGGAAUUGGCUGUUGGCCUUCAAUGUGAUGAACAUCGUCAUCAAGACGAGCAUUCAAAUGGCGGGCUGCCUGUUCAUGACGCCGCUGACCACCCACUGCUGCUGGCUGGUGCAUAUGCUGGGCAUCACCUGCACGAGCAGCCUGAUCCAUGAUCAGGAGCUGAUGGCAGGCGAGGAUCCGGACCUCUCCCUGGGACCCGAUGAAUGCCCCAAGAUAACGCAUCAAGUGGUCCUGCUGUGGGACUCCAUUUGCUUUGCCUUCAUCAUAUUCCAGCUGCGCAUCUUCAAGUCCCACUACUUCUGUCACAUCAUCACGGACACAAAAGCCAACAAUAUCCUCGCCUCCAGAGGCGCGGACAUCAUCGAGAGCUUGAGGCAGAAGCAAAUUGCCCAUCGUCACGAUCACGAGAAGCAGGUGCUGCACAAGAUCAAGCGGAAGAUGGAGCGCAUCCGGGCCACGCAACAGAAGAUGCUGCGUCCACUGGACAAGCAGACGCACUUUGAUGGGCGGCGCACGCCUUUGGAGCCGAGUUUGGCUGAGGAAGCGCCGCUGGCGCAUCAGAGCAGUUUCGUCUCCUGCCAGGGCUCGGGCUAUCAGACGCCAGAUGGCGGCAGCUCCAGCUCGGGCACAUCCUCGCCAGCGCGCGCCUCCCUGAUGUCGAGUCACAGCAGCAGCAGCAGCGCCGAGAGCGUGGAUAGCGCCGAUGCAGCUGUCGUCAUUGAGCCGGAGAUUAAUAUAAUGCCCUGCGAGGAGGAGCCCAACUAUGUCGAUGUGCAGUCGCUGAGCGAGGAGAACUUGCCGGGGAUCAAGCCACCAACAGCUGUAAGUGCUGCCAUUGGGCCUAGUCCUACCUUCUCUACCUGUUCCUUGCCUCCCUCGAAGCCCAACACGCCGAGCACGGAGGCACUGUCAGCCCUGCUGACCGAGGGCUUCUUGGAACCGAAGCGCAUUUCCCUGGGCCUGGCGCCGUCCGAGCAGAGUGGACAAAACAUGAACAUGCAAAGCCUGGUGCCGCCUCUGGCCUCGUAUGCCACGGCCUUGGCCUCGAGUGCGGGCAGCUCGGCGAAUCCGACGCCCAAUUUGCGCCGCCAGCAUCGUCGGCAAUCGUCCACCAAUGCAGCCGUGUCCUGGAACGAGACGGUGUCCAUCAAGCGCUCGCCUCUCAAGCAGAACGUGUCGGCGGAGCGUGAGGAGCUGGUUACGAUGCGAGAGAAGUCGCUUCAUCGGCGCCACCAGAGCAUGGGCAACGCCAACUACUCCCUGGACGAGGCACAACGUCUGCAGCGCUCCAGCAAUCUGUCCGGCGCCCGGGACGAGGCGGCACUGAGUGCUGCACAGCGUCCGCAUAGCUGGGGACCCGUCGGUACGGCCUACUAUAUGGAGUCGUUGAUGUGCGCCUUCUAUGAGCCCGCUCUGCUGCAUGGACCAUCUACUCGAGCCGGCGACUAUUACAUGUUUGAGGAAAUGGAUGACAAGUUCGAGCUGGAUCUGAUACACGAUGAAAUCGACUUCUUGGAGGAGGAGAACAUUACGGAGAGCGAGAUGAAAAUGCAACGACGCAAGACUCUUUAUGAUGUGUGGAAGGAUCUGAACGAUGCGGAGUAUCGCCGUCAUUUGUAUAUGCGCGAGAGGUCCUAUGCCUCCGAGCCGGGCUCUCGCAUAGCGCUCAAGGAUAUCGCGGCCAAUAGCCUGGACGAGCGGGACGAGCUGACGGCGGAGCGUGCCGGCGGUGCUGCCGGCGAAGAUGAGAACGCCGAUGACGACGAUACCAUUGAGUGCGACGUUGGCAUACGCACCUCGACGCUCUCCGAACCAGCUGACUUCGGGCGUCGCAGCCAGAUGCUGCUCGAUAAAUCGAAGGAUGCGCCCACGGACUUCUUUCCGUCGACCAGCAAAGGCGUCUCGAAGGAGCGCGAUGCAGCCGGAACGACGAGCACCUCGAAGCUGGUCAAGGAUACUACGGAUCUGCCAGCUGCGUCUACGACGGCGCCCGUCGCCUCCAAGGAGACCUCGGACAGUAAAUCGAAAAUGGAACCGGAUAGCGGCGAUGUGACGGCCAAGGAUUCAGAUGAGGAUUUCGAUACGAAUCCCAUAAUACGAUUGCUGGAGGGCUUCCUGGUCACUCUGACCAUACGCCUGAACCGCUUCUCUCGCAAUUAUCGCUUCGUCAAUCGAAUUCUAGCGGGCGAGAAGAAAACUCUCAAAGAAUCCAGCUCGCUGAAUCGUUUGGGCCUAUCCAGCGCCGCGGCCAUGUUCCAUUUUCUGAAAUCGAAUCUCGAGAGUGAUGAGCCAGCUUCAUCAUCCACACCGCGUCGCUCACAGCUGGCUACGGCAGCAGCCACAACAACAACAACAACAACAACAACAGAUACAACAAUAACACCCACAGACAACAAUCACACCAGCACAACACUAGACACAACAACAGCAACAAUCACACCGCUCACACCGCCAGAACAAGCACACGUUAAGCCACCGGCAACCAGUACGCCCCACCAAGAGUCGCACGCUGGCGAAGAUAUCAUCGAGUUGCCCGUAGAUACCGUUGAUGCAGCAUUCUCUAGAAAACAAUCAAUCAGUUCAUCGCCGCCGAUCAAAGGCCGCAAAUCGGAUUGCGGCCUACCAGAAAUACGCAUUAAAGCGCCAUCUAUUGAGCGCAGCGUGCAGCAGCAGCUGCCGCCGCCGCCGCCACCGCCUCAGCCGUCUCACACGCCCCUUCAUCACCAGCAUCCCCAUCAACAUCAUCAUUAUCCAGCUCAUCAUCAGCAGCAGGCGAGCAUUGGUUCGGGUUCGCUCAGCAAACACUGGUCCUACGAGCACGUGGACAGCGCGGGCGACUUCAAUCUGGAGGAGGAGAACUUUGCGCAGCGGGAUCAUCACAUCAUUGUCGAGGUGCUCAUCUCCUCGUGGUACGCGCUGUUGGCCAACACGGAUCUCAUAUGCUACAUUGUGGUGUUCAUCAAUCAGGUGGUUAAUGCUAGUGUCAUCUCGUUACCUCUGCCACUUAUGGUCUUCCUCUGGGGCACCUUGUCACUGCCGCGUCCCACGAAGACCUUCUGGGUGACCUUGAUUGCGUACACCCAGGCGAUUGUGCUGGUCAAGUGCAUCUUUCAGUUCAAGCUGAUCUGGGCCAAUUACCACGACUUGAUCAAUCAGCCCCUGACCACGGCGAAGAUCUUCGGAGUUGAGAUGAAGACGCAUUAUGCAGUUUACGACUUGAUAUUGCUUUUGGUCCUGUUCCUGCAUCGCUAUCUGCUCAAGUCGCAGGGUCUGUGGAAGUCCGGCUACAAGGAUACGGACCAACAGUUUGCCAAGCCCACAGCCAGCAUCGAUGAGCGCGAGGAUAGCGACAACAUGUCCCAGCCGGACUCUCGCCAGCUUAAUGAGGAUGCCGCCCAGAAGCUUAGCCUGCAGGUCAGCCAGGCCUCGCUGCCUGGUUCGCCGGAAUAUACCAAGUCGGCCAUCAAUCAAUUGGAACGCACCAAGUACACCUCAUCGCUGCAUAAGUUCUUCUUCAGUCUGGUGCACAAAUCCCGACUGGCUACCGAUGUUUAUGCUCUCAUGUUCCUCUGCGACUUUGUCAACUUCUUUGUGCUGCUCUUUGGCUUUACGGCAUUUGGCACUCAACAAACGGAAAGCGAUGGCGGCGUACAGACCUAUUUGGCUGAGAAUAAAGUGCCUGUGCCCUUCCUGAUCAUGUUGCUGGUGCAGUUCCUGUUGAUUGUCAUCGAUCGGGCGCUGUAUUUGCGCAAGGCUCUGGUCAAAAAGAUCAUAUUCCAUUUCCUCUCCGUGAUUGGCAUACACAUCUGGAUGUUCUUCGUGGUGCCAGCGGUGACGGAGCGAACAUUCAACUCGCUCGCUCCGCCGAUUAUCUUCUACGUGAUCAAGUGUUUCUAUAUGCUGUUGAGCUCGUAUCAGAUCAAGUCCGGCUAUCCGAAGCGCAUUCUGGGCAACUUCUUUACCAAGGGCUUCUCGAUGGUCAACAUGAUUGCGUUUAAGGUCUACAUGCAAAUUCCCUUCCUCUAUGAGCUGCGCACCAUACUCGACUGGGUGUGCAUCGACAGCACCAUGACCAUCUUCGAUUGGCUCAAGAUGGAGGACAUCUUCUCCAAUAUCUAUCUCAUACGCUGCACACGACAAUCGGAAACGGAUUUCCCAGCAAUGCGCGCCCAGAAAAAGGCAUCGCUAUCCAAACUGAUAAUGGGUGGCACGAUCGUCCUCUUGAUUGUCAUCUGUAUUUGGGGUCCACUCUGUCUGUUCGCCCUGGGCAACGCGGUGGGCACCUCGAACGUGCCGUAUCAAGUGUCCUUGUCCAUACGCAUCGGCCCCUACGAGCCCAUCUACACGACCAACAACUACGACAGCAUCUUUGAGAUUGACUCCAAAAUGUAUGGCCAAAUGACGAAUGCGUUUCUCAAGAACAAACAAGCCUUGACCUUCGUAGCGGGAUACGACGCAACGGAUGUAGCUGCGGUCAAGCUGGCGGGCAAUUCGCCUUCACUGUGGAACAUAGCUCCGCCGGAUAGGGAGCGCUUGACCAAUGACUUGCGUAACAAUCACACUCUGAUUGCCCGGUUUUCCUAUUCGUUGACCCGCAAGGCGCCUGCCAAGGGUCUUAAGGAGAACGUGGGCGACGAGCACAUCAUCAAGCUGGACGAAACAUUUGAGGGUCGCACGGCGCUCAUCAACAUGCUAAACGAGACCUAUGAGCAGCUGGAGGGCAAUGGCAAUAGCAAUGCCAAUGACACCAGCAAUGCCAACGACACCAUCACUGCCGACACCAGCAAAGCGAGUGGCAAUUCAAGCGAAGUCGUCGUGGUGCUACCCAAAAUGAUACCCAAGUUCAUAAAGGUGCUCAACUCGGGCGAUGCGUUCGUCGUAACCGUGCUGAGCGGCAAGGAGCAGGAGUACCGCCCGCUGGUCAUCAAAAUGCAUCGGGAUAAUGCCACCAAUGGCUUGUGGUGGGAGAUACGCGACUUUUGCUAUGAUAACUUCUACAACACGACACUGAAAGACUUGGCCUACAGCAACUGCAGCUCGGGCAUUGUCAUGUACACGUUCAAUGACAAGAAAUUCCCAUCGACCUUCAGUUUUCUAACAGCUGGCGGCAUCAUUGGUCUCUAUACCACAUUUGUGUUAUUGGCCUCGCGCUUCAUGAAAUCCUUCAUUGGCGGUCAAAAUCGAAAAAUCAUGUUCGAGGACCUGCCCUAUGUGGAUCGUGUGCUACAGCUAUGUCUGGAUAUAUACCUAGUGCGUGAGGCUCUGGAAUUCGCUUUGGAGGAGGAUCUCUUUGCGAAAUUGCUCUUCCUAUAUCGCUCGCCCGAAACGUUGAUCAAAUGGACCCGUCCAAAGGAGGAUUAUCUGGAUGAUGAUGGUGACACCGAUUCCAUACCCAGUCGCAUGAGUGUGCGUCGACCUGAGCAACUACAACAACAACAACAACUGCAGCAACAGCAACAAUAACAUAGGUCUAAUCUAAAUGUUUGAGUUUAACUAGCGUAUUGUUUACGUAUAUUUAAGUACGUAUAUGUUUAUACAUAGGGAGAUUGCGUUAACGUAGGUUUCAUAGUCCUUUUUUAAAUUUAUACUGCAAUUAGUUAGAGAGAAAGCAUAUACAAGAAAAACAAAAAUCAAUACACGCACACACACAUCAAAUACACUUACAAUUAAUUACUCUCUGUAUGUAGUUAAACUUUGUCAAGUACUGCCGUGUGAAAAUGUUAUCUAGUGCAUGUUCCAUAGGGCAUACAAUACAGAUCUAUGCAUACUGAAUAGGAAUUGUAACUAAAACAAAAAAUAACUAAUUGUAAGCAGAAAGUGUUGUUAAAUAGAGCAAGAGAAACAAAAACGAGAAAUGAAUAGCUAAACGAAUUGAUAGAGAUUUCGCCUAAGUUAUCUAACUAAGUCAUAACAACGUAUAUGUGUAUAAACUCUAAUGAAAAUAUUUAUUAUAAUAAUAAUAAUAAUGAGAACUCAUA